ACGUAUAACAUUAUGCUAGUUUGACUUCCGUAUUUCUAAAUCGUGUAGUCACUCUCCAAUGCUAGCAGCAGCUUUUCAUUUAAGAUCUUAAAAUAAACAGGAUUUUAGAUAUAGGGAACACAACACACAACUGCCAAAAUGUCUAUUAUGUCAUAUAAUGGGGGGGCUGUGAUGGCCAUGAGAGGAAAGAAUUGUGUGGCCAUUGCAGCGGACCGAAGGUUUGGGAUCCAGGCGCAGAUGGUCACUACAGACUUCCAGAAAGUGUUUCCAAUGGGAGAGAGACUGUUUAUCGGGCUGGCUGGACUGGCUACUGAUGUACAGACAGUAGCUCAAAGACUAAAAUUCAGACUGAACCUUUAUGAGCUGAAAGAGGGUCGUCAGAUCAAGCCCAAGACUUUCAUGAGCAUGGUGUCCAACCUCCUGUAUGAAAGACGGUUUGGUCCUUACUACAUUGAGCCAGUGAUCGCGGGACUUGACCCUAAGACCAUGGAGCCGUUUAUCUGCUCUUUAGACCUGAUUGGCUGCCCCAUGGUGACCGAGGACUUUGUGGUGAGCGGGACCUGCUCAGAGCAAAUGUACGGCAUGUGUGAGUCGCUAUGGGAGCCAGAUAUGGAGCCUGAUGACUUGUUUGAGACCAUUUCCCAGGCCAUGCUCAAUGCUGUGGAUAGAGAUGCUAUUUCUGGAAUGGGGGUAAUUGUACAUGUCAUUGAAAAGGAUAAGAUUACCACCAGAACUCUCAAAGCCAGAAUGGACUAAAUCUUAUUUCUCCACUGUUUAACAACACAUACACGUUUUGUAUAAAAAAAAUAACAUGGCUGCUUGUACUGUCUUUUUUUCUUA